AACUGCUGCAUAGGUGUUUUAUUUUGUCUGGCUGAAGGUUUGGGUGUAAGGAGGGGUGGAGAUGAAGAGAUGAUGGUUUCUGUCUUUCACAGGAAGUCUCCGGUGUCUUGAAGUUUUUGUUCGCACUCUCUUGCCACUCAUGUUAUCACAAGUAACAUACUUGAACUCCAAUUCUCUGAACCCUCUGUGGUGUGGCCCUCCAGCUGAUUUCCUCCCCACCCUUCAGCUCCUUUCCACCCUUCCACACAUUACAUUUGGCUGAGCUUAUACUGCGAACUUGACCAAGCCAAGAGAUCUUUGUGUAUCAAGGUUUCUGACUCACCUUUUUCUCAAUGAACACUGAUGACUAAAUCACAGGGAAAUCCUUUUCCUGUCUGUGUCAAAGGGGUAAUUCCUAAUGGACAACGCCAUAUUUGGCACAUCAGUUUAUGGGCGUGUGUGCUUUUAUGCAUGUGUUAAAGAUGAGAGGACGGGGCAGGAAAGAGGUUUCCUUUGGGUACUGUGUGUGAUAUCCCUACAUCGACUGCUCAUUUAGACCUAAAUGUGUUGGGUGGAGUUGGAAUUGCGGGCAGGCAUAGGAAGCACAGGCCGUUGAGGGUCAUUUCCUUUUAGCUUGCCCUCUCCCAUGGCCUCUCAUAACAGACACGCACAGAUACUAUAGUAUAAGGUAAAUGCAUGUAUGGUAUAUUCACUGAAAAUCCAUAACAUUUUAGCUGACAUCCACAUGGAUGCUGUCAUAUGCUGGAGCUGGAAUCCAGAAGGGGAGGGGAAGGUAGAUUAGUAAUCCAAAGACAGAGAGACUGUGAGAGAGCGAGAGAGACAGAGCAGGAGAGGGAGGGGAGAGAGAGAGAGAGAGAGAGAGCGGGGACAAUGUCAACAGCUCAGCUCCCAGCACAGUCAGCUGAAAUCUAGAGCUCAGCUCAGAAGCUCGGAGAGGUGAAGCAGACUAAACUAAACGGCGUCUGUCAAACUCUGCAAACCCAUGGAAUUUGGUCAUGAAGCUCCAAAAAGCAAAAACGGUUGCGUAGAAGCAGAAGAUGCGGGAUUGCUUUAAAUUUUUCUUCUAACUUUUUUUUUCAUUUGCUAGUGAGGCAACACAGAGACGGUUCAUCUCUUAGUGCAACCGGUCUGAAGUGGAUGAUGCAACCUAGAUAGCAGCCUCGUCCUCCGCUCCACUCCCCCUCCCUGCCCCUUGGCCCCUUCCUCUAUCUUCCUGGACCUGCACCGCCACUGCCACCUGUGUUACCACAGCCAUCAUGCCCCCCAGGAAGAGGACACGACAGGGCCUGGGCUUCCUGUGCUGCUUCGGCAGCAGCGAGCCCCCGGAGAUCAACCUGAAGGACACCGUGCCACUGCAGCUGCUGGAGUUCAGUGCGCCCAUGCCGCCUGCUGAGGAGCUGCAUGCGCGUUUCUCCGAACUGGUGGAUGAGCUGGAUUUGACAGACAAGAACCGGGAGGCCAUGUUUGCUCUGCCCGAUGAGAAGAAAUGGCAGAUCUACUGCAGCAAGAAGAAGGAGCAAGAGGACCCCAACAAGCUGGCCACCAGCUGGCCCGACUACUACAUCGACCGCAUUAACUCCAUGGCGGCUAUGCAGACUUUGUUUGCCUUUGACGAGGAGGAAAUGGAAAUGAGGAACAAGGUGGUGGAAGAUCUGAAGACGGCACUUCGGACUCAGCCGAUGAGGUUUGUUACGCGUUUCAUCGAGUUGGACGGCCUCACCUGCCUCCUCAACUUCCUGCGCAGCAUGGACUAUGAGACGUCGGAGAGCCGCGUCCACACCUCCGUCAUCGGGUGCAUCAAGGCGCUGAUGAACAACUCGCAGGGCCGUGCGCAUGUCCUGGCCCACCCGCAGAGCAUCAAUACCAUCUCACAGAGCCUCCGGACAGAGAACUUCAAGACCAAAGUGGCAGUACUGGAGAUUCUUGGGGCGGUGUGCCUGGUGCCAGAUGGACACAAGAAGGUGCUUCAAGCCAUGGCACAUUACCAGAAAUAUGCUGCUGAGAGGACUCGCUUCCAGACGCUGCUGAAUGAGCUGGACAAAAGUACAGGACGCUACAGAGACGAGGUCAACUUAAAGACCGCCAUCAUGUCUUUCAUUAACGCCGUGCUCAACGCUGGGGCUGGAGAGGACAACCUGGAGUUUCGCCUCCAUCUAAGGUACGAGUUCCUGAUGUUGGGCAUACAGCCGGUCAUCGAAAAGCUCAGAGAGCACGAAAACGCCACUUUGGAUAGGCAUUUGGAUUUCUUUGAGAUGGUGCGAAACGAGGACGACUCUGAGCUGGCCAAAAGAUUUGAUAUGACCCAUGUAGAUACUAAAAGUGCUGGAGCCAUGUUUGAGCUGAUCAAGAAGAAGCUGAGCCACACUGAUUCCUACCCACACCUCCUCUCCAUCCUGCAACACUGUCUGCAGAUGCCCUAUAAGCGUAGUGGUGGCACCCUGCAGCACUGGCAGCUCUUAGACCGGAUCCUCCAGCAGAUCGUCAUGCAGGACGACAAGGGAGAGGACCCUGAUAUCUCCCCUCUGGACAACUUCAAUGUAAAGAACAUCAUUCGCAUGUUGGUCAAUGAAAAUGAGGUGAAACAAUGGCGAGAACAAGCAGAGAAAUUCAGAAAAGAGCAUGCAGAGCUGCUAGCUAAACUGGAGCGGAAAGAGCGGGAGUGUGAGACCAAAACGCAGGAAAAAGAGGACAUGAUGAAGACUUUGAACAAGAUGAAGGAUAAACUACAGCGUGAAGGUGUGGAGCUGCGCUCGGCCCGGGAACAAGUGCUGGACCUGUCGUCGCGCAUCAAUGACAUCGCUCAGGGCGGAAAUGUAUCCUUCCCACCUCCCCCUCCUCCUCCUGGCGGCCCUAUGCCUCCGCCUCCACUACCUAUGACAUGCGGCUUUCCUCCACCUCCACCUCCUCUACCAUUCAGUUGCCCGCCUCCCCCACCUCCACCUCCUCCACCUGGGGCACCACCUCCUCCACCAGGAGCCCCACCUAUUUUUGGAGCUCCGCCUCCUCCCAUUCCCUCAUCGUUUAACUCGAUGAGCAGCAUGCACUCCAAGUCCAUCCCUCAGCCUUCACAUCCUUUGAAGUCCUUCAACUGGGCCAAACUAGGAGAGAACAUGGUCAAUGGCACCAUCUGGAGCGACAUUGAUGAUCUGAGAGCUUUCAAGAUCCUCGACCUGAAAGACAUAGAGAAGAUGUUUUCAGCAUAUCAGAGACAACAGGACCUGCUCACUAACCAAUCCUUCAAACAGAAAGAGACUGGCUCGAUGGAUGACAUAUACGUCAGCACGCGGAAGGUCAAAGAGCUGUCAGUCAUUGAUGGCAGACGUGCACAGAAUUGUGUCAUCCUGCUUUCAAAAUUAAAAAUGAGCAAUGAAGAAAUCAAGAGGGCAAUCCUGGAGAUGGAUGAGAGAGAAGAGCUUGCUAAAGAUAUGCUGGAGCAGCUUUUGAAGUUUGUCCCAGAGAAAAGUGAUAUCGACCUGUUGGAGGAGCACAAACAUGAGCUGGAGAGGAUGGCCCGAGCUGAUCGCUUCCUCUUUGAGAUGAGCAGAAUUGACCAUUACCAGCAGAGACUGCAGGCUCUGUUCUUUAAGAAGAAGUUUGCAGAGCGUCUUGCUGAAACAAAGCCUAAGGUUGAAGCCAUCCUGAACGCGUCCAAGGAGGUGGUCCGGAGCAAACGUUUGACUCAGGUCCUGGAGGUGGUGCUGGCCUUCGGCAACUUCAUGAACAAAGGCCAGAGAGGCAACGCCUUCGGGUUUAAGAUCUCCAGCCUCAACAAGAUCGCUGACACCAAGUCCAGCAUAGACAGGAACAUAACCAUGUUGCACUACUUGAUCAUGAUCUUUGAGAAGAACUACCCGGACACGCUUCACAUCCAGCAGGACCUCGGCAGCGUACAAGAAGCUGCCAAAGUCAAUUUGUCAGAGUUGGAAAAAGAAGUGCAUAGUAUCAGAAGUGGACUGAAGGCACUGGAGGCGGAGCUGCACUACCAGCAGAGCAGGACGAGGGAACGAGGGGAUAAGUUUGUGGCCGUGAUUGGUGACUUCAUCACGGUGGCUGGCUUCAGCUUCUCUGAACUGGAGGACCAGCUGAGUGAAGCCAAGGACAAGUUUGCCAAAUCUCUGAAGCACUUUGGGGAGGAAGAAGGGAGAAUGCAGCCGGAUGAGUUUUUCGGGAUCUUCGACACCUUCUUGCAGUCGUUCACCGAAGCACGACAGGACCUCGAGAACAUGCAGCGACGCAAGGAUGAGGAGGAGCGGAGGGCCCGGAUGGAGGCGAUGCUUAAGGAUCAACGGGAGCGGGAACGACGGGCCAAAAAGAGCGGCACCACGGAAGAAGUCGGCGGGGAGUUUGACGACCUGGUUUCAGCUUUGCGCUCCGGCGAGGUCUUCGACAAAGACCUGAACAAGUUCAAGCGAAAUCGCAAACGCUCUGUCAAUCAGCUGGCGGAGGGUGGCGGCCGGGAGAGAACCGUCACCAAGGUUAACUACUAGGUCAGGGAACAGGAAUAAAAAAAAAACACCUUAAAUCUGCCAUUGCGUUGAGCUUUUAACACCUUUAGUCCAGGUUGUGGGACAGUGACCGCUGACAUUGGAGAGGAUGUAAAUAACAGCUGGAUUGGACUUGCAAGAACGGCCGAGCCGUGUUGAAGGAUGCAGCGCUCUCCUCUGAUUGGUCUUGUAAAGCUAUUUCCACUCCGUCUGUUCUGGAUGUUACCAGGAUGGACAAGUGGACACACCACUGUGACACAUUAGCCCAUGUCAUUUGACCAUAUCCUUUAACACUGUGCUCAAGGCUCUCACUGUCUAUCACCCCAGUCUUUUUCACUUUUCUCCCCCAUUCACACAUCCUCUGCAAGCUCUCCGGUGCUGAAAAAGCCCUGUCAUUUAACUACUGGGCUUUAAAGCACACAUGACAUUGGGAUCGGACAGUCACACUGUAUAUAGUCACGAGGCAAAGACAAAGGAUUGGUAAAAGGACUAUGAAGCGUCUCCAGGCAGAUUUGGGGAAAAAAGAAGCUGAAGCGAACUAAACAAUAACCUCGACCAUCAGGUGUUCCCCAGAAAAGAGACUUCUCAACCACAGAAAGUCAAGGAGUCGACACGUCCCAGAAUGAUUUGUAGGCUUCUGAAGGAGUGAAGAAGGAUCCAGAUUCAUACCAACAUUCUCCGGGAAGGACGUGUCUAUCCCGAUGUGCUCGUCAUAGAAAAGAAUUUGUACUUUCAUCUUUUUCUCCAGCUUGUCAAUCAAGUCAGUCAAAUCAGGCCCACAAAGGGAAGCCAACCUCCUUUUUAUAAGGUAUUUGAAGUAUUUAGAGCAGUAGGAGUGAGGCUGUAGUGUAAUCAGUAUUAACAUCUGAUUCUUUUUGAAAACAAAAAUAUAUAUAUAGCAGUGCACAUAGACUGUAUUAAAAGAUGGAUGUAGCAUCUAUGAUGUCACUCAUUGGUUUUUGAAGUCCCAUCAUAAAGCCAUCUUGUUCUUUUGCUUGUUUUUUGUUUUUCAUUUUGUUUUGUUCUUUUAAGGUUUUUUUUUGUUUUGUUUUUUAUUUUUUGGACCAGAAGUGACCAUAUUUGGAUGAGAGGGUGGAGUGCUAAUUUUUUAGCUAACAUUUGCUUUAAUUAGCAGUUAUCUGUGUCUGCUAAGUAACAUACAGAUGAAGUACUAGAAUUUAACUAGUUGUGAAAACUGGAGCACAGAUAGUCUGUAUGCAUUUAACCAGACACCAAUCAAUGUCUCCAGUUUCCGGAGAUGAAGCCUGCCAGAUAUCUGUCAGUAAAAGAGGCCACGGACCUGAUAAUAAUUAUAUGUUUAACUUUAAUAAUGUUUAAAUGGGGGAGUUACACAAACAAAAUUGUUAUAAAGUAGGAAAGUGGCUAAAAAGACCAAAACUAUGUUUAUUUUUGCUUUAAGCUGGUCAUUUUAACAUGGGAGUUUUAUGGAGAUUGACUCACUUUUGGAGCAAGCCUCCAGUGGUCAUUAAAGGAAUUGCAGUUUUGGGCACUGCGUUGGUUUGGUUUUGGCUUCAGCUUCGCUGCAGAAUGUGUU